CAACAAUCAAUCAACAAUCAAUCAACAAUCAACAAUCAACAGAAUCAUUUCAAGUAUCUCAAAUCAAUUGAUAUCAACAGACAGAGCUUCUCUUGAACAAACCAUCUAUGGCUGAUUACAGCUCACCUCCAUUUUUCUGGAGCUCGUUUCUGGAUUGCAUCAACGCAGAUUCUGCCACCCCACCAGCAGUUGCUGAGAUCCAAGUUCCAUCCACCAAUAGCACCAUCAUCGACGUGGGUAUAGCGUCAAUGCUAUCAUACAAUUUUGGUGUGAUGCCUUCAAUUUGCUUUAGGGGAAUAUGGUAUGGGCUCAUUGCUGCUCGGUUGAUUCAGUGUUUGUUUUGUUUAGACGCCAAUUGCUGUGUCAAAGAAUGCCUAAUCUUAAACAACAGGUUCAUGAUCUGGAUCUACAAACGUUACGUGCCAACAAAACAAAAUAAUGUUAUCGAGAAUAGAAAAAAAAUUGUGUUUUUUGGGAUUAUAUUGUUGAUUGUUGAUGUUAUGAUGGUUCCCAUUACUUUGCCAUUGAGAUUUGUGAUUCCCAGACCAGGCGCCAAUAUAAUUUACGACGCUCUACCCAGAUAUGCUAGUUAUGAGUGUUUCGAUGAGAAAGAUAUCCAGACUGUUAGCAGCGCUGGUUGUGUGGUUCUGUUGGACGACAUCAGGUUGGACGAGUGCUAUACAGCAGACAUUGAAGCACGCCAGAAAUAUAUUUCCAGGAAGUUGAGCCAUCUAAGGUCAAGUGGUGCUCAAACAUCGGUUGACAUUAUAGGCUACAGUGACAGUUUGUUUAAUUUCAAGUAUCAUUUUGCAAACUACACAGACCAGACGUUGUCAACAGUAUCGUACUACUUGAUUAUGUUGGCCAUAAUCUAUUUGGAUAUUAACUGUGGAGACUUUUUGAGUCCGUUGAUGAUUACACAUCUUCUCAAGUUUGAUGACAUUCGAGGAUUCUUUUUGGGAGGCAGUCACAAAGAUGGUUGCAAAGAUGGUUGCAAAGAUGGUUGCAAAGAUGGUUGCAAAGAUGACCAUGCAAUCGGUUUGGAUAUCAACAUUCAAAUAAACUUUGAGAAAAAAGAGGGAUUUCCGAAUUCUGUUGAGUGCAAAAGAACCGAUGACUGGUUUGUGUUCAGCGUCUCGACACCAUUCGAAAUCCCAUCAAUUAAACGAAAAAUCGUUGUUGGUGGCACACAUGAUGAUCCUGCUCACAGUUUAUUCAACCAGCUAUUCAACCAGAUCCAGCAUCUGGUUUUGAGCAAUGUUGACACAAGCUCAUUGUUGGAUCCGAUGUUGCUUGAUGUUGAACCCGACAAGAAAUGCUUUGAGUUGAUCAGGUUGAUCAAAAAGGACAAGCUAUAUUGCAUGGUUCAUCGUUUGAAAUUGAGAGAAGAGUUCAAAGCUCCAGGAAAACACUACAGAAAGAUCAUGGUCUGCUACCAGAAAAUAUUCCACUUGGCCAAACACUUCAUGGGCGUGAAGACAAUCAAAGCAUCGCAAGUGGACAAGUGGUGGGAUAUCAAACAGAACUACAAGAUAUGUCCAGAGAUACACAUGAACGAGGAGUUCUAUGUAUGCAUUGAGAAGAUCAUCAACAAUGUGAUGGAGGCGGUGGGGUUGAUGAAAAGCGAGUAUUACAAGAUGGGAAACCAGGAAAUGGACUUGGUCAACGAAGACUUGGAUGGGUAUUCAUGGAUGGGAUUGUAUUCGUGGAUCCACUAUGAAGCUGAGUUAUUUAGUUGCUUGCACCAGAUACCAAAGAAAACGUUAGAAAGUGUUUUUUUGAACAUUUGGGGUUAUAUGAGCCAGAUUCGAAGACGUGAUUUUGCUGAAAAGGAAAUAGAAUACAAGCAAAAUCGUAUAUUCUACUGUUGCAAAAGUGAAGUCAAGACUGUAUUAAAUUUUAUGUUAGAGGAGGACGGAAGUAACAAAUUUGGCUGAAUCUCAGUUGGAUUAUUUUUGAAGUUAAAAAACAAAUUUCUAUAUUAUCAACUUUUUAUUGCUGUAUCUGAGGUUCUUCAUUUUUUAAAUGAGAAAACAAAUUGCUAUAUUAUCUACUAUUUUAGCUUAUUUCCAAAUUAUUAAAACUUGACUAAAUAAAAUAUCUUUCUUUAAGACAAUAUUCACUUGAAUAGAGCCAUUCAAUGUAAAAUGAAAUAACCAA